AUGAUCACACAAAGAGGAAUCGAGGCGAACCCUGAGAAAAUUCAAGCAAUAUUGGAUAUGGAACCACCCACGUCAACUAAAGAAGUUCAGCGAUUGACAGGGCAAAUGGCAACUCUGGGACGUUUUCUCUCCAAGUCAGCCGAAAGGGAGCUACCCUUCUUACGAACACUAAGAGCAGGAAAAAAAUUUGAGUGGACAGAACAGUGUCAAAAAUCAUUCGAAGCGUUGAAAGAAUAUUUGAAAGGAGUUCCCCUAUUAACACGACCAAAGACUGGAGAGACGUUGUACUUAUACUUGGGGGUCCGUGAUGAAGCCAUCAGUGUAGUAUUAAUCAGGAAAGAAGGACCGGUGGAUCGACCAAUAUAUUAUGUCAGCAAGGUAUUACAAGGCCCCGAGACGCGUUAUCCCGUGGCGGAGAAAAUGGCAUUGGCCCUGCUAAAUGCAUCCAGAAAGUUGAGGCCAUACUUCCAGGCUCAUUCGAUUAUCGUACUUACAGAUCAACCUUUACGAAGUAUUUUACAAAAACCCGAAUGUUCUGGUCGCCUUACCAAAUGGUCCAUUGAGUUAAGCGAAUAUGAUAUCCAAUAUCAACCUCGACAAGCCAUAAAAGGACAGGCACUAGCUGACUUUAUUGUGGAAUGCACUCACUCCAGCAAAGUAGGAGAAAAUGAGCAGGCAGUAUGGUUGUUAUUUGUUGAUGGAGCAUCUGGUUCACAAGGAAGCGGAGCUGGAAUAGUACUAGUAUCCCCUGAAGGAGACACGUUGGAAUAUUCUCUGCGAUUUUCUUUUUCAAGUACCAACAAUGUGGCUGAGUAUGAAGCCUUAAUCGCCGGAAUGAGGAUAGCAAAGAAAUUGAAGGUAACACGAUUGGUUGCCCAUAGUGAUUCUCAGUUAAUUAUGCAGCAGUUUCAGGGACAAUUUGAAACCAGGGAACAAAUAAUGGCUCAGUACUUGCAUAAAGUCAAAGACCUAGCCCAAACAUUCCAGAGCUUCCAAUUAACACAAAUAAACAGAUCCCUUAAUGGGCACGCUGAUGCUUUAUCUAAAUUAGCAUCCACUAGAGAGAUAACAGGAAGAGCAGUAUUUGUGGAAAUGCUACACCAUCCGAGUAUCGAAGAAAAAGAAGUAUCAUGCAUUGAGACGGGGACAGACUGGAGAUCGCCCUUCUAUCGUUAUCUCACUAACAAUGAAUUACCAAACGAUCCACAAGAAACGAGAAGGCUUAAGAUGCGGGCUUCAAGAUUUACUAUCAUAGAUGGGAUAUUAUAUAAGCGAGCUUACACUACACCUCUUCUCAAAUGCUUAGGCCCUCAAGAGGCCGAAUAUAUCCUAGCAGAAACUCAUAGUGGAAUGUGUGGAGAACAUCUGGGAGCAAGAGCUCUGGCGACCAAAAUAUUAAGAGCUGGUUUCUUUUGGCCCACACUAAGGUCAGACGCGCUAAAGAAAGUCAAGUCAAGUGACAAAUGCCAACGACAUGCUCCAGUCCAAUCUGCUCCAAUAUCCCAGCUGCAGCCUGCGUUCCAACCUAUACCCUUCGCUCAGUGGGGCUUGGAUAUUUUGGGACCUUUCCCUCAAGCACCCAGGCAAAGGAAAUUUUUAAUAGUAGCUACUGACUAUUUCACCAAAUGGAUUGAAGUUGAGCCAUUAGCCACCAUUACAGCACGAAAAGUAGAGGCAAUGGUAUGGAAAGACAUUAUUUGCCGGUUUGGAAUACCCAGAAUCAUCGUCACGGAUCAUGGGAAACAAUUCGAUUAUGACUCUUUUAGAAAAUUUUGUGAUAAUCUAGGGAUUCAACUAAGGUUCGCCUCGGUGGCGUACCCCCAAGCCAAUGGAUAA